GGAAUUUCCUCAGUUUAGAUAGAAUCAACGAGUCGUGUACAUUUUACAACGAAGCAAUCCGACAAUCGACCGAAAUCAUUUCAUAUUUGUGUUGUUUUUUUUUUAUUAGUUCAUAUUUUAAUCCUUAAUUAUUUAUAUUUCUUAAAAUAAGGAUUAAAGAAAGGAGUAGUGUGAAAUUAUUAUUCUAUUUUGACGAGAACAAUAAAUAUGUAUUAUUUUUGUGUAAAGAAAAUAAUCUAAUAAAAAUGUAUGUAUUGUUUUUUUCCGGAAAAUAAGCAAAUAUACAUUUUUUAUUUGUGGUCAUAUCUAAAGCUGAGCUUACCAAAUGCGAAAAAAUAACUUACUAAUAUUUAAAUUGAGAUGUAUGAUUUUACUUAUUUAAUAAAAAUACAUAAAUGUAAGGACGAAAAAAUAUGAGCAGUCAAAUCUCUACAGGUAUUUACACUCGCUAGUUCUGUGGUUGGAUGUAAGGACCUAAAAUGGAGGACUGGUUAUCGUCCCUAAAAUCGACUUCAAGUCGAGAAUAUUUUGACUCUGGCUUUGACCAACAUGAUAUACUUUCGAACCAUCAUCACUGGUAUUCCACAUCGCAUGCCAGACCAACAUACUGCAAUGUUUGCCGUGAAGCAUUAUCAGGAGUAACUUCACAUGGCCUCUCCUGUGAAGUUUGUAAAUGCAAAGUGCACAAACGAUGUGCCGCUAAGGCAAUUGCCAACUGCAAAUGGACAACAUUAGCAACAGUUGGCAAGGAUAUUAUUGAAGAGCCAGAUGGAAGUAUUGUUAUGCCCCAUCAAUGGAUGGAAGGUAAUUUACCAGUAGCGUCGACAUGUUCAACGUGCAAAAAAACUUGCGGCUCUGUUUUGCGCCUUCAGGACUGGCGUUGCUUAUGGUGCCGUUCUACAGUGCAUACGGCAUGUAGACCACAGAUAUCAGAACAAUGUCCUAUUGGGUCAGCUAAAGUAUCAGUAGUGCCACCCACAAGUGUACACUCAAUUGGUAUUGAUGAGUCAUGGGAUGUUGUAAGUCCAAAGGGAAAUUUCUCACCUUUGUUGGUUUUUGUUAACUCUAAAUCUGGGGAUAACCAAGGCAUUAAAUUUUUGAGAAGGUUCAAGCAAUUGUUGAAUCCUGCACAAGUUUUUGAUCUUAUCUCAACUGGACCAAGCUUGGGACUCAGACUUUUUAGACAUUUUGACAUUUUUCGAAUUUUAGUAUGUUCAGGAGACGGUUCAGUAGGAUGGGUUUUAAGUGAAAUUGAUCGGUUUAAUAUGCACAAACAAUGUCAAGUAGCGGUCCUACCUCUAGGAACUGGAAAUGAUUUAGCUCGAGUACUUGGCUGGGGUUCAUCGUGCGAUGAUGAUGCACAUUUGCCUCAGAUUUUGGAGCGCUACGAAUCAGCCAGCACAAAAAUGUUAGACCGUUGGAGUAUUAUGGUUUUUGAAAAAGCAAUUUCUGUCAAGUCACCGAAAAUGUCACUUUCCAGUGCACAAGAGGCUCUCUUAACUGGACUCGUAACAUCAGCGAACGAAAAUUUGCGCUUGAUUGUAGAAACAGAAGAUCUAAGCGUCUUAGUAUCAUCUAUAAAAACUUUAUGCGAAAACAUUGACGAGUUAUUAAAUAAAAUUUGCGAAAAUCGAAAAGAUGACGAGCAAUUGAUAAUGAAAUGCGAUAUACUUCGGCAAAAGUUUAAUAUGCUUUUAGACGCAUUAAAAAUUGAAGAGACUGGUGAGCAUUCCGGUGAUGAUUUGUUUGCUACAAUCAGGAGUAUGGUAUCUAAAAGCUACGGUGAAUUUAUGAAUUCUAGCAUAUCCAUGGAAAAGACUGAAAAAGAUCACAUCAAUUUGAAAGAACGUAGAAACUCCAGAGGUCUGCGCUCUACCGAAAAAGAGGCUCUUCAAUGCCGUGCAAACAGUGUUAAGCGGGCAAUUUAUAACGUAGUCGAGCAUUCUGAACCGGGAAGACCAAAACGUUAUCAAAGAAAACUGUCUAUAACUCCCUUCGAAGCAAUGAAAUUAAGAACUUCUUCAAAUGAUACCUCUCCUUCUUCAUCGCCACUUACAAUUCCACCAAUUAAUAUAAUUUCACCAUCUCUUUCAACAACUCAAUUAAUAUGUUUAUCUCCACUGCCAGAUAACCGAAGGGAUUCAACCGAUGAUAAUUUCUUCAAUUCAAUAAGCUUACCUGUUCCCAGACAAUUUGCAGAUAGUCGUCGGAGUUCAGGAGUGCCCGAGAGUAUACAAGAAGCUGAUGAAAAUAUAAAUAACAGCCACCCGGUGGUAGUAGAUGAAGAUAUCAAUUCUAGAUCUUAUCUUCUUGACUCCAAUUCAAAAAUUGAUGCUCGAAAAACUGAUUAUUUGAGCGUACCAAUUAUUUCGGGAGAAGAGCUUAUUGAUCCACUUUCCGAUUAUCGCCCAAUUGAAGUGUUUGAAAGAAAUUUGUAUAGAACUCGGGAGCAACAACUCGCGAACCAAUUAGCUAACGAGGGACUUGAGGAUUUCAAUACUGGUGAUGAUAAAUGUGAGAUGAAUAAAAAUGAUGAAAUUGGUGAUCGAAAUGAUCAUGAUGCGAAUUGCUCUAAGAGUACUCUCCAGAUUCCUCAAGUUGUAGCGCCUAGAAAAGAUUCCAAUGUAUACAUUGGUGAAAGCAUGACAAUCAUUGAUACUGACAUCCAAGAACAAUCAUCAUCGGAAGAACUUCCUGGAGAACCUAGUGAUGUUUUAUCGGUAAUCAGCAAUGAAGAAUGUAGCGUGGCCUCAGAAAUUUUGGACAAAAAUUUAGAUUCAUAUCAUACAUUUCAGCUUGGUGACAUAAUGCAGAACUUGGAACUGGAAACUCUUACACAUAUCGAUUCACCCGAAACAAGUGAUGAAACCGAAGGAAUGCCCGGUGAAAGUAUUAUGGAUGAUAUAAGUUCCGUUUUAGGAAACGAUAUAAUGGCAGCUCUUCAGGAUAACACAAUAACCGAAGACACAUUAUGCACAGAUGUAGGACCUCAACAGAAUCGAAAAAAAUUGUCAACUCGUAGGUCCUCGUCACCUUGUAGAAUCGCUUCUGCUGACAGUUUUGAAGAAAACUCACAACAGUUUGGGUUCGAAAAUAUAGUUUUUGAAAUAGACAAUCGCUGUGAUGACCAAAAGAUACGAGAACCACCAAUCAGAUAUUGCAGUCUGGCGCAAUUUGUAGAAGGAAAUGAUAUUGAACGCAAAAGCUUCAAGCGUCGUAAAUCACAACCAAUUGAUAAGAAGCCUUCACCAUCAAUCCUUACUGGACAAAAGGACGACCAAAUCUCGCCGUGUUCGAUCAAAAUUGACGUUCGAGGAUCACAUUCCGAUCUAUCGGACACGGGAACAAUAAAACAAACAACUUCACCCAAGAAACAAUUACAAGUACCUCCUUGCACCAAUCAAGAUGUAAAACGAAUAACAUUUGAUGAGUCGUGUAAAAAAGAAUCCUUUGAUGAUGAUAUUCCCAAAUAUCCACAGAUAAGUGUGGUAGUUCGACCACCAACACCUUUGCGAGGAGACAGUGUUAAGCUAUCACCAAAUGUAGCUUUUGAUUUACGAAGACACUCAAGCCAUUCCCCUAGCUUAACUGUUCGAGAAUUUGAAAAAGAAAAAGAUAGACGCCACUCUGGCUUCAAUCCAAAUUAUCUAAGCUUGGAUCCGGAACACAUGAAGUUUUUGAAUAGUUCACCAGCAGCAACUAGACGUAUCAGUUGUGGAAGUUUGUUUAAGCCAAAUGAAGGUCUCAAUAUGCCGACACUUAAAGGCUCAAAAUCAAACAUAUUUAUGGGAUCAUCUUUGUUUGGAUACGAUCAUGGUGAUGGAAAAGACAAAGACGAUCGAAGUGGGAAGGAAAAAGAAACAAUAGAUGAUGCACAAAAAAAGCUUCCCAUUAUCAAUCCUCUAGUUCGUCUUCCUUCAUGGCCAAACAUCACAAAUGGUACCGGCUUCAUUUCAAAGUGUCUUCUUGCGAAUGCGGAUACUUUGUGUGCGGCUGUUAGUCCUCUAAUGGAUCCAGAUGAAACACUCCUUGAAGGUUAUCAUGAAAAAUGCGUAAUGAACAAUUACUUUGGCAUUGGAAUUGAUGCCAAGAUUUCACUUGAUUUUCAUAAUAAAAGAGAAGAGCACCCGGAGAAGUGCCGUUCAAGGGCAAGAAAUUACAUGUGGUAUGGUGUCUUGGGAUCAAAGCAACUUUUACAAAAAACUUAUAAGAAUCUUGAAAAACGCGUACAAUUGGAAUGCGAUGGACAGCGAAUUCCAUUGCCAUCAUUGCAAGGAAUUGUUAUUCUCAAUAUUCCCAGUUUUAUGGGUGGAACAAACUUUUGGGGAGGUACAAAGAAAGAUGACAUAUUCCUCGCUCCUAGCUUCGAUGAUCGCAUCCUUGAGGUUGUUGCUGUUUUUGGAUCUGUUCAAAUGGCAGCGUCAAGACUCAUUAAUUUGCAACAUCAUCGAAUAGCUCAAUGUCAGAGUGUACAAAUCAAUAUUCUUGGAGACGAAGAAGUUCCAAUACAAGUUGAUGGAGAAGCAUGGCUUCAGCCGCCUGGAAUGAUCCGUAUUCUUCAUAAAAACAGAGUACAAAUGCUAGGUAGAAAUCGCAACCUAGAAGUUUCAUUAAAGCAAUGGCAAGAAAAACAACGUCAGCACAGUAUUUCAAUACAAAGGGAUCAAUCAUCGAUAACUUCGGAACAAGCCUCUCCCGUUUCAGAAGAAAUUCUUUCCGAACGAGAGUGUUACGUAUUGUUGAACUUUAUUGAAGUUAUCAGCUCACUUGUGAAAUGGGUGAAGUUUCUUAUAAUUUCACAUCCAUCCCUUCAACGUGAUCUGUAUGGUGUUGCGUGUAGAACUGCGGAUGCUUUGGAAUCAAUUCAUCCAAAUGGAAAAUUGCUAGAAGGGCCAACUCUUCGAACAAAAUUAGUAGAAGUAAUUGAUUCUUCGCGACAGUUAUAUGAUGACGCAUGUAGUCUACUCCGAGAUCGGGGUCAUAGUUUAAUAUUGAGAGAAGAUUUAGAGUCUAAGCUUAGCGCAGCUUUAGCUAACAUGGAAAUGGAAUUAAAGAAAUGUUCUGUUCUUAAAUGCAUCGAUGGCAAAAUUCGUGCCUAUUUUAAUGCUGCAGCUCCACAUGAAGAUCUUGAUGCACGUAAGAAAUCAAAACCAUUUUGGGUUCGACUUCGUAGUGGAUCAACAGUUAGCACCCAACAAUUCAAACCAACUGCUAACACGAGAGAUGCAGUUUCCAAUUGGAGUGUAAAUGAAGUUGUGACAUGGCUUGAAGCAAUGCAAAUGUCAGAGUAUGUAGAUUCUUUUGUGAGGAAUGACAUUCGAGGCAAAGAACUUUUAAGUUUAGGGCGUCGAGAUCUUAAAGAUUUGGGUGUUGUCAAAGUGGGUCACGUGAAGCGAAUUUUACAAGCUAUAAAAGAUCUUUGUGAAAAUUAGCAAAGUGUAGCUUAAUAUAUAUAUUUUUUUUAAUAUUUCUUAUAGUUUUAUGUAUGUUUGAACAAAAAAAAAAAUUUAUUAAAGACUGUUUCGACUAGAUGCCAAAUGAGAAAAUCCCGCAAGUCACGAAUUUCUGUUCCUAUCUUUCCUAUAAAGUAUUUUGUUUAAUCACCUGGAACCAUCCGAAAUCUUUCCGAAUUCUUAUGGAAUAGUUCAUUGGCUACUUAAUGAAAGAAGGUCCUUACUUGCUACUUAUAUAUCCUCUAAAAUAAAAAACUCGAUUUGAGGCAGAUAAAUACUUCAAAGUUAGUUAGGUAUUCUCGGAAGAAAAUACUUAAUACGCUUUAGUAGUGGGAAACCGGUUCUCUGUUUUUGUUUUUUAGACUUUUUUACUGGUGUUCCUCAAGGGUCGAUUCUUGGGCCAUUGUUAUUUUCAAUGGGUAUAAUGACCUCCCUAUACACGUUCAGAAGUCAUCAAUAAUUGAUUAAUAUGCAGAUAAUGCAGUAAAUUGGGUAUGAUUGAUAAUAAUGUUUAUUUGGAAUAAAGGGUAUCUCAUUCAGAGCUACCAAAUGGGAUUUGGCAUAUUUUAAAGAAAUUUUCUCAUUUGUCCUAUUCGAAACAAAAUUAUUAUGUUAUGUUCCCAUAUCACGAAAUUGCUCAGUUUAUACAAUUUAUGUAUACUAUUAAAUUUAAUUCAUUAAAUGGACAACAUUUAUAGAGACAACCCAACUGGGGCUAAAAAUGCAUACAUAAAUUCGAUAUAGUACGCAUAGCGACGAGUUUAGGUACUAUUUCGUAAGCAUGGGAUGUGUACUUUUUUGAGCUAGUUUAAAUUACAAUUUUAAUUGUUGACUGGUCCUCCUUAAUCUUCCAAUUUCACUGAGUCGAGUUGAACUUUGAUUUUUUUUUUUUGAAAAAUUCGAUUUUUCUUUUCAAUAUUUGCUUUAUCAAAAAAUAUUCCUGUAGCUAAAUUUUAAGUAACAAUCAAAGUACACCUUUAAUUUCUUUCCUAGAUCUCGAUAGUGAAUUGUGCCCUUUAUUAUGAAAGCGACUACCUAGUCAUUAUGUUUUUAUUUUUGUGAUAUUUAAAAUAUAUACGAAUAUUUAAGUUCCAAGGGACGAAAUAUUUUAGUGAAUAUUGUAAAAAUGUAAAACUAUUUUACUACAACAACGAAAAAUAGUCAACAAGUAGGUUGCUCGCUCGUAACAAUGAAAAAUAAUGAACUUUAAUCGUAAAAAUAAUACUGUAACAAAAAAUUUUAUAAAUAUUCAAAAAUUAGGAUCCGGAACUUUCAAUAAGGAUCUCGUUGAAAUAAUCUUGAUAAAAAUAUUAUGUUUAUGGUAGUAGUCGGUAGCCUGUUUAAUAGUGGAAUAUACUUGAGUUUAGAGAAUAUUUUGAAAUAAUUCAGGCCUCCUCCUCUUGGUUAAAGCUUAAAGGUCCAAAACAUGGAGUUCGGAAUCAUCAUCUUAAGAAGUUUUAUUAAAAAUUUCUUUGGUUCGCUUUUAAAGAACUUUACCUAUUUUCCAUUGGAUUUGCAACCAACUUUCGCAUUUUCCUUCUGUAUUUUUCACUCUUCCUGUCGUUAAGUCUUUAUUGAAAAAAAUCUUUUUGGGCCAUACUUUGCACUAAAAAUGCAUUUCGCGACACAGUUCCAUGAAAUUUUAAUAGUGUUAGCCUUUUGCUGGGUUAUGCAAUGGGAUUUUUAACUUGACUACUCGUAAGUCCACUUUCAUAAUCAAUGGCACAAUAUAAUUAUUGUCACACGAAAAAUUAGCAACGAGUUUUCUAAUAGGAAAUAUCUUCAAAUGUUUCAUACAUAACUUAGUAUCGAGUAAGUUUAUAAAUCAAUUAAUUAUGAUGGCGGUUAUAUUGCAAUAAGUUUUAAAUAAUUUAAAAGUCAAAAGAAACUGAGCAAUUCUGAAAUGGGAUAUACAUUUUGUAUAUUAAAAUACAAUACAAAGAAGUAGGAACCAAUUUUAUUGGUCAAAUCGAGAAAUAAAACAAUCAUAAAAUAAGAAUGAAUUAAUUUUUCUAGAAUCUUUACACCCAAAAAAAACUUUUUAAAACUAUUAGUUUUGCUAACAAAGCAAUUAAAAAAAUAUAAAUUCCAAAAGUCAACUUUUGGAAAUUAAUUUGCAUUUGAAAGAUCACAUAGUAAAAAAAAAAGCAAUUUUAUUAAAAUCAAAACAUAGUUUCAUAGUUAGAUUUAUAAAACCCCAAUGUUAUUUGAAAGCAAUUUUUCUAAAUGUAUU